AUGGGAAAAUGUAACGAUGCUUUAGAAAUUUAUUAUUCAGUAGAAAAAAUUCAAACAGAAGCUUUAGGCAACAACCAUCCAAAUACAAUAAGAACGAAACAUUUGAUUGCAAAAUGUUUAUACGAAUUGGGAAAAUAUAACGAAACUUUAGAUAUUUAUUAUUCUGUUAACCAAAUACAAACUGAAUAUUUAGGUAUCAACCAUCCAAGUACAAUGGCUACAAAACGUUGUAUUGCAAAUUGUUUGUACUAUAUGGGAAAAUAUAACGAAGCUUUACAGAUUUACUAUUCUGUUGACAAAAUACAAAAUGAAAUUUUAGGUAUCAACCAUCCAAGUUCAAUGGUUACAAAAUGUUGUAUCAACCAUUGCGAUACAUUGCAAACAAAAGAUAAUAUUGCAAAUUGUUUAUGCUAUAUGAACAGAUAUAAAGAAGCUUUAGAAAUAUAUGAAUCUGUUGACAGAAUACGAAUUCAAUAUUUAGGUAUCAACCAUCAAGAUACAUUGGAAACAAAACAUAAAAUCGCAAACUGUUUGGUUGCUAUAAGGAAAUUUAACGAAGCAUUAGAAAUUUAUUAUUCACUUGACAAAAUACAAACUGAUUUUUUAGGUAUCAGCCAUCCAAAUACUAUGAAAACAAAAAUUUGUAAAGCAAUAUGUUUGCAGGGUAUAGGUAUCAAUCAUUGCGAUACAUUGAAAACAAAAGAUAAUAUUGCAAAUUGUUUAUGCCAUAUGAGCAGAUAUAGAGAAGCUUUAGAAAUAUAUAUAUCUGUUGACAAAAUACGAAUUGAAAUUUUAGGUAUCAAACAUCGCGAUACAUUGAAAACAAAAGAUAAUAUUGCAAAUUGUUUAUGCCAUAUGAACAGAUAUAGAGAAGCUUUAGAAAUAUAUAUAUCUGUUGAAAAAAUACGAAUUGAACUUUUAGGUAUCAACCAUCAAGAUACAUUGGAAACAAAACAUAAAAUCGCAAUAUGUUUGGCUUUUUCGGGAAAAGAUAACGAAGCUUUAGAAAUUUAUAAUUCAGUUGAUAAAAUUCAAAGUGAAAUAUUUGGUAUCAACCAUCCAAAUUCUCUAAAAACAAAAAUUUCAUAUGCAAUGUGUUUGCAGACUAUAGGUAUCAACCAUCGUGAUACAUUGAAAACAAAAGAUAAUAUUGCAAAUUGUUUAUGGCAUAUGAACAGAUAUAGAGAAGCUUUAGAAAUAUAUAUAUCUGUUGAAAAAAUACGAAUUGAAAUUUUGGGUUAUGACCAUCGAGAUACAUUGCAAACUAAAGAUGAAAUUGCAAAAUUUGAAAAAAUGCAAACUGAAGUUUUAGGUAGCAACCAUCUGAAUGUUAUGAAAACAAAACUUAAAUAUGCAAUCUCUUUGAUACGUAUGGGAAAAUGUAACGAAGGUUUAGAGAUAUUUUAUUCUGUUGAUAAAAUACUAACUGAAACUUUAAGUAUUAACCAUCCAUAUAUAAUGGAAAUAAAACUUACUUUUGCAACCUGUUUGAAAGAUUUGGGAAAAUAUAGCGAAGCGCUACAAAUUUAUUAUACAGUUGAUAAAAUACAAACAGAACUUUUAGAAAAAGAUUUUGAAGAGCUUGCUUACGAAAUACUUUUUGUAGAAAAAACCACCAGCCACUCUAUGAAAAGAUCAAUAAUUUCACUAAUACCCAAGCAAGGAGAUCUCACUGAAUUUAAAAAUUGGAGGCCUAUAUCUUUAAUCAGCGUUGAUUACAAAAUAACCACAAAAGCGCUAGCCCUAAGACUUGCAAAAGUAAUGGGGAAAAUUAUAGAACCAAAUCAAACUUCCGGAAUUCCAGGUAGAACAAUUUUCUCAAAUUUACACUUAGUCCGUGAUCAAAUAGAUUACGCGGAAUAUAAAACUCUACCUAGUUUCAUUUUGUCAAUAAAUUAA